AUGCUGGUAUGGGAAGUGACCGGAGACGAGAAGGGUGAUGGGGUUGCAACUGCAGAGAGGGAGCAGUCAGAGCUGAACCUGACUCACCAGGAGGACACCCAGCAACAAGAGCUCCAGGGGCUAUUACAACAGUUCUCAACAUUGCUUCGUCAGAGGCCUGGGCGAACAACAGUGGUCCACCAUGUCAUCCACCUCACCGACCAAACACCGUCCAGGCAGAGGCCGUACCGGGUGCCAGAGCGUCUGGUGAUGAGGGAGGGAGAUAGUAGUUCUGUGUUGUACAGUCUGAUGGCUGUGGGGAGGAAAGACCUGCGCUCCUUCUUGCAAAAAGAACUAGAAGAAAAACAAAUAACCGUCAUUCACACCCCAGACGGGCUUAUUUCCAAAAUGGACAAAUUGCCAUACUUUAUACAACAGUGUGAUAAACUUGAUCCUGGACCUCAAGUGUUCUUACUGGUUCUACAUCCUGAUGACUUUACUGUGGAUUACAAACAGAAGCUCUGUAGAGUCUUUGGAAACUUCAGUGAUCAAUCAUUUAAUCAUUCUCUGGUUCUGAUGACAACUCCUAAAAUGAUGACACCUGAUUGGAUGAUAAAAAAUCUAGCAUUAAAUGAAAUGAUCAAAAGAUGUAGAUACAGACACUUAAGCUGGAGGAACAUUGACCGAUUACAGCUGAUAAAACGCUUGGGUCAGAUUGUAAAAAAGAACAAUGGACAGCAUGUUCAACUAUCUGUGGACAUAGAGGAACCAACAACAGCAUUAAGUGAUGUCCAGAGCUCCAGGAAUGUUGCUGGUCUGUCUGCAGGUGAACAAAUCCCUCAGCAUCUCUCAAAACCAGUAUCUGCAUUGAGGAUUGUGCUGAUUGGAAGGAGUGAAAAGACAAUAUUUACCAAAUUCUUCAGGAGCCAAACAACUUCACCCAAAGCCCUAGUAACCUAUGGAGAAUGGAAGGGACAACGACUAACAGUAGUGAAAACUGGAGACCUGAUCAGUCAGUCUGUGGAAGCAGUGAGACGAGAGAUGAAGGUCUGUGUGAGGUUUUGUUCUCCUGGACCAAAUGUUCUGCUGCUGUUGGUGAACCCUUCUGAUUUCACAGAGGACAACAGAAAAAGACUGAACUUCAUCCUGAGUUUGUUUGGUGGAGACGCUUUUAAAUAUUCAAUGGUUGUUUUCACCCAUGAGGGCGAGAAUGAGACAGUGAAAAAACUGAUUAAAGACUGUAAACAAAGGCAGCACAGUAUCAGUCAUUACAAAAAGGACUGGAUGGAAACUGAUGAAGAGUUAAUGCAGAAAAUGGAAAAUAUGGUGAGAGACAACAGAGGAGGAUGUCUAACGAUGAAUGAAGAGGAGGAUGCUUCAACAGUGUUCAGCUGGUCCAAACCUCUAAACCUGGUUGUGUUUGGGAGGAAAGGAGCAGGGAAAACAUCAGCAGCGGAGGCCAUUGUAGGUCAGACAGGGCUUCAUGCAGUCUCCAGCUCAUCACAGUGUGUUAAACACCAAGGAGAGGUGUGUGGACGCUGGGUUUCCCUGGUGGAGCUGCCGGCCUUGUCUGCAGAACCAGAGGAGACAGUGAUGGAAGAAUCAUUCAGGUGCGUCUCCCUCUGUGAUCCUGAGGGGGUCCAUGCCUUCAUCCUGGUCCUACCUGUGGCUCCACUCACUGAUGAAGACAAGGCAGAGUUACAGACCGUCCAGAACACGUUUGGCUCUCGAGUCAAUGACUUCACCAUGAUUCUGUUCACUGUGGAGUCAGAUCCUGGAAAUCCAGCUGUUGCUGAGUUUGUAAAUGGAAACAAGGAAAUCCAGGAUCUCUGUCAGUUGUGUGGAGGAAGAUCUGUUGUUCUCAACAUCAGGGACAAGCAGCAGAUCCCUGAUCUGAUAAAAGCUUUAGAAAAAAUGAGAAAUGACAGAUCAAGCUCCUUCACUAAGGACGUAUUCACCAGAGCUCUGAUGGAGAAGAUCACAAAAGUUAACAAACACAGCAGUGAGACUAAAGGUGAUAAAAACCAGAGCACAGAGCCUCUCAGGAUGGUUCUGUUUGGACGAACUGGCAGUGGAAAGAGUGCAACUGGAAACACGAUUUUAGGAAAAGAAUAUUUUAAGUCAGAGGCCAGUCCAAGGUCUGUGACGAAGUUUUGUCAGAAAGCCUCAGGAGAGAAAGAUGGACGACCUGUUGUUGUGGUUGACACUCCUGGUUUGUUUGAUACGAGUCUUUCUAAUGACGAGAUUCAAGAGGAGCUGGUGAAAUGCAUCAGCUUGUUGUCUCCUGGACCUCAUGUGAUCUUACUGGUUCUGCAGAUCGGUCGCUUCACAGAUCAAGAAAAACAGUCUGUGGAGCUGAUCAAGAAAUAUUUUGGAAAGAAUGCACAACAUUUUAUUAUUAUUAUCUUCACCAGAGGAGACGAUCUGAAAAAACAGACAAUUGAGAGUUAUAUAGAAAAGUUUGAUGAUUUCGUAAAAAAAGUGAUAAAUGACUGUGGAGGAAGGUUCCAGGUCUUCAAUAAUGAGAACAAGACAAAUCAAGCUCAGGUCAGAGAGUUACUGACAAUGGCCAACAAAAUGGUGAAAGAAAGUGGAGGAAGCUGCUACAGCAGCGAAAUGUUCCAAGAAGCUGAGGCAGCGAUAAAGAAGGAAGUGGAAAGGAUCCUGAAGGAGAAGGAAGAGGAGAUGAAGAGGAAGGAGGAAGAACUGAAAACAAAACAUGAAGCAGAAAUGGAAGCAAUGAAAAGAAGAAUGGAGGAAGAGAGAGAGAAAGUUGAACACAUCAGGAAAGAGAAAGAAAAACAACUUGAAGAAAUGAAAAAUCAAAUUAACAGAGAGCAUAAGCAGAGAAAGAAAGAACAGGAGGUGAGAGAUGAAGAGGAGAAAGAAAAAGAAAGAGAAGAUGCAAAACAACGACAGGAAUUAGAGCGAAAACUAGAAGAUAUGGAGAGAAAAAUUAAAUCAGAAUCAGAAAUAAAGGAAAAUACUGAGGGACAAUUGAAACAGAAUAGAGAGGAGAUGAGAAAGCAACAAAAGGCCUGGGAAAAAGAAAGAAAAGAGUGGUGGGAGAAGAGACACAGAGAAAAUGAACAGAGGCGUGAAGAAGAGAAAGAAAAACUAAAAGAGCUGGAAAAAGAAUAUGAACAAGAACGAGAAGAAUAUGAAAAAAAGAGAAAAGAACAAGAUCAACUGAAAAGAGAACAAGAGGACAAAGAAAGAAAAGAGUUAGAGGAAAAGUACAUGAAACAAAUGGAGGACAUGAAGAAGAAAUAUGAAGAUGAGGCCAGAAAACAGGCUGAAGAAUUCAAUGACUUCAGACAGAAAUACACCAAAGACUUUGCAGCACUGGUAGAAAAACACAUGGAGGAAAUAAAGGAACUGAAUCUAAAACAUGACAAAAUUAUUCAAGAGAUGAAAGAAGGACAUGGAAGAGAAAAUGAACUCUUCCAAAAUCUCUCAAUGUAUAAAGAACAAAAUCUGAAAGAAGAAAUGGAAAAGCUGAAGGAAAACCAUGAAAUAAACAAACUUAAAGAAAAAUACAGCAGCAAAUGUAUAAUUUUCUGAUCAAUGAAAGAUUUUUGGACAUCAACACAGUCUAAUGAGUUUCUAAUUCAUAAUGCAGAUGUAACUCCAUCUGUAACAUUUACUCAGAAAGAUGAGCUUUUAAAGAGUCACCAUUUUCAAUAACCAGCCACAUUGUGUGUUUUACAUGUUAUUUACGGUACAUUGUUACUUAGUUACUAGUGGGUAAAGAGGAAAAAGUAAUUAUUUCCAGAUGCACCUGACCACCUGCACUGGGUCUGGAGUAGAUGGGAUCAUGAAAGUACAUGUAGAAUAAUGAAUAGUAGAAUAGUAAUAAUAAGUAGAAUAACAGUGUUUUGUUUCAUCCAUUGAAUUUAGUCCUUUUUUUAAUCAUUGUCAAUUUUACUUUAUUGGAUGUUAUAUGUGAAACCUUUUAUUAAAAUCUAUUAUCUGU